CUCCGGCGACGAGAGCGACACAAGCGCCGUGUCCGACUCCCUCAUGAGCGUGUCCGCCCACGCCAGCUCGAUCACGUCCGUCGAGAUGGCCAGCGUGCGCUCGGCCUCUCCGUCUGUCAUCUCCAUAAACAGCUGCAUCCGCGCCAGCGUCUUCAGGCACGAGUACGGCCGUCGGCUCAACAACUACUCGGAAGUCUAUCGGCUCCCGGCCGACGAGGACGAGCAGGAGCGACUCGACCGGCAGCACCACAUGUUCAUAGAGGUCAUGGGCAAGUACGCGCCGCCGCUGCCCGAAGUGCUCGCGCACGAGCCUGGCGUGCCCAAGUCCGUCGUCGACCUCGGCAGCGGGAGCGGGAGCUGGAUCCUCGACGUCGCGCGUGACUUUCCACACGUGCAGGCAGUCGCGGUCGACCUCAUUCCGCUGCAGGUGACGUGCGUGGACGGGCCGUGCCCAAGCAGGAUGCACGGUUACCAACACCCGUCCUGUCGACACAUGCCGCCGAACUGCAGGAGCGAAAUCGAUGACAUCAACCUCGGGCUGCAACACUACACAGGCGAGUUUGACGUCUCGCACGUCCGCCUGAUCUCGUCUGGGAUCCGCGACUACGAUGGGCUCAUCGAUCAGAUUGCCCUGACCCUGAAGCCGGGCGGGCUCGUCGACCUCACCGAGUUUGACUUUCGCGUGUACGGCGCCGACCGGCGGCCGGCGCCGCUCGAGGACGAGGGCGGCGUGGGCGCAAGCGCGCUCGCGCGGUGGAUGCACCUCGCGCACCGCGCCGUGCAGAUGCAGGGCGGCGAGCCCGACGCAGCGAACCACUUGUACCGGUGGGUGUCCGCGCGCGCGUGCUUCCGGGACGUGUGCUACCGCGAGUGGUGGAUCCAGACGACGACGUGGAACACGGGCACGGACGCGUGCGCGGCGGCGGCGAACCGCCAUGGCGCGUCGAUGCGAGACGACAUCCUCGCCUUCCUCCUGUCCGGGCGCCCAUUGCUGCUGGGCACCGGCGUUCCCGAGCAGAUCCUCGACCCGCUCGAAGAGGCGGCGCGGCAAGAGCUCCUGGAGGGCAGGGUCCCCGGGUACAUUCGCGUGGAACAAGUCUAUGCGCGCAAACGAUAACAUUGGCACCCCCCUCCGUGCACGAAAAAGCAAGCAAGCUCGCUACAACACUCUCACUUCACACUACUGGCAUGUUCCUGUUGCAUCUGCAUUUGUCUGUCUCGGACCAUGUUGUCUCCCUGCUGCAUGCUGCAUACUUACAUUAUAGUACUACUAACUGACUCUGCUAUCGUCCUGUACCUCAUAUCGCUGUAAUGUGUCUCAUU